ACAUCGGCAAUGGGUUGACGCAACCAAACCAUGAGGGGUGGAAGUUCCGAGCGUUUGGUCGUGCGAUCUUCGCGCCGAAGAGGCGAUGCCCGCGCGCGGUUAACCAAAUACAUCACUGUGAUGCUUGCAGCGCUUUUAAGUGGUGGUGGUUCAGCUUUACUUUUCCUGGUGCCACUCUACGCUGAUCCGGCGCUAAGCGCUUUAGCCGCUGACUUCGACCCAAUACCAGCUGAGUGCGUGACUGAAAGGCGGGACGACAGACUUGGCCUGGACAACUGUACUUGGGCAUCUUGUAGAGAAGGCUGCACUAGUGACGCGUACAAAUGUAUCCAGCUCCACGUGAAGUAUAAGGCCCAGGCGGAAGACUGGCGCCCUGCUGUGCUGUAUGUAAACAUAAAGGGUUGUGGAUACCCGCCUCUUGUGAACUGCGAGAACUUCACCCUCAGUUACGGAUACGUUGGAGCGAGGUAUCCGUGCUACUGGUCGCGGGCUGAUACAAAAGUGGUGGUUCCGAGAUGGUCAAGAGGAGAACAAGUGGCGACAGUUACCAGAACUCUAGCAAUACCGCUCUUCCUGUCUGGCUGUGCAGGGAUAGGGCUCUGUGCUUUACACUGCGAGUGUAGGCCGAGACGUCGCCGGCGUCCCCCGCGCAGACCUCCACGCGUGCCGACACUGACGCUUGACGACACCGCGGUUUACCGGCUAGGAUAACUCGGCAUUUGAACAAAACGUUUGUGACUUCAAAGUUCUCAUAAGAACUCGUUCUUGACGUCACAAAAUGCGGUAGUUACUCGGUAGUCAUGAUUUCAAUGACGUCUAGCGAAAAGCACCAAUGUUUUGAAGGUAGUUAAAGUUUGUGAAAUAAGACUAACGUGGUAGAUUUCAGAAUGGCAUCCCUAGGGUUGGCACGAUGUGGAAAUUCGUUCGUAGAACUAUCUAUAAAUUUUAAUCAUCGAUCUUGUUGAUGCUAAUAACUAUCCUAUUUGAUAGAUAGUUGUAUAUUUUAUAUAUAUAGUGGUGAUCAGAUGAGUAUAGGGGGGUCCACGUUUGUUUUUUUUAGAAGUGAAAUCCCAAAUCAUAUCAGUUCAUAUUCGAUGACGUUUGUCACGCUCAUCAAGCUGUAUUUCCCGAGCUUUAAUAAUUAAUCUAUGCAAAAAUCGAUUGAAAAACUUCCGAUUGGCUAACAAUCUUCCAUUAGGUAAAAUACAGAUUUAGCUAGGAUACCUGCCAAACGUGAUAUUCACACGGGACAGCUCAAGGGCUGUCCCAUCAGAGGAGGCUGAAAAUGAUACCAUAGAUUAUCUGCGCAAAAAUUUAAAUGAGUCUCCUUCCCAAAAAAAAAUAAUGAAAUAUGAUAAAUGAGUUUCUUAAUCAAAUAAAGAAAACUGUUAGCCGUAGCAAGAUUUCUUUAAACGAACAAACAGCAAAUGACUUUCGAUCAAUGCAAGAAGUCCAU